AUGACGGGUCUGUUCUUCACGGUGGUUGCUAUCGUGGUGCCCUUCGACACUCUCGCGUAUGAAGCCUCCGUCACCAACGUGGCCGCCAUUCUCGUCGUCGCACGGGUUGUGACUGCUGCGUGUGCAGCCUUCCAGUACCAGGAGAAAUACAAGAACAAAUCAUUCCUAGCGUGCCUUAUCUUUGCUUUCGUCUUUUUUGUGGUCACUGUGGGAAUCCCAGUGGCGCUCUUUGUCAAGUGCCCGCAAACUGCCAAAUAUACCGGGUCUGUUCGCUGCUCCGCUCGUGCCGUUCAUUUCGAUGACGUGUAUCCUCGCCGACUGGUUUAUGAUUGCACAAAUCAGCUGCCUGCACUGGGUCUUAGUGUUGCUUGGAUGGGUGCCGGAGCGCUCUCGUACUUUGUGUACGGCUUCUUUCAUGCAGAGUCACGCAACACCUGGAGCCGGGUACUGGGUCAGAACCUACCUACGCAUGGAGACAACCUCUCGUCCAAGUUCACGACGCAUGAGCUAAAGCUGCUCGCCGUUUAG